AUGGAAGUUAUAGUGGCAAACGUGGAUCAUAUAAAAUUUGACAUCGACUAUGCUUUAGAGCAGCAGUAUGGAGCCCUGCCUUUACCCUUUCCUGGAAUGGAUAAAUCUACCGCAGCAGUUUGUGAAUUCUACAGCCAACCUGGGGGAUGUGGUAACGGGCCACAGUGCCCUUAUAGGCAUGUGAGAGGAGACCGAACAGUAGUAUGUAAGCAUUGGUUGCGAGGUCUCUGCAAGAAAGGCGACCAGUGUGAAUUUCUACACGAAUAUGACAUGACCAAGAUGCCUGAGUGUUAUUUUUAUGCUAGAUUUAAUGCUUGCCACAAUAAGGAGUGUCCGUUUCUUCAUAUUGAUCCAGAAAGCAAAAUUAAAGACUGCCCAUGGUAUGACCGUGGGUUUUGUAGACACGGUCCACAUUGUAGACAUCGCCAUGUCAGAAGAGUUCUCUGUAUAAAUUACUUGGCAGGCUUCUGUCCUGAUGGUGCAAGCUGCAAGUACAUGCACCCGAGGUUUGAAUUACCAGCUCCUCCGGAACAGACCAAGGAUGCUAAGAGACUUCCCGUCUGCCACUACUGUUCAGAAGUAGGACAUAAAGCUUCCACUUGUCAUAAGAUACCUCCUGAUCAACGAGAAGUAGCCCAGAAACAGGAGGAGGCUCGUUAUAGAGCCUUGGGUUAUGUGAAGCCUGCCGUAGAUGGUGAAGAACUAAGAUUACAAAGACUGAUCCACAAGCCACUGGAGGAAGUGACAUGUUUCAAGUGCGGUACUAAGGGACAUUACGCCAACAAGUGCCCCAAAGGUCACCUGGCCUUCCUAUCAAACCAACCUCCUCCCGGCAACCCCAAUGUGUUUAAAAAACCUAACUAG